AUGGCAGCCGUAGCAGCACCUCCAAAGGCCUCUUGGGCAGAUGACGUUGACGAAUUCAGUGACUUGCCACAGAACUCGGAUACCGUAGACGAGAAUGGAAUCCGUACUAUUAUCGAAUACAGCACAAACGAAGAGGGAAAGCGCAUUAAAACGACCCGCCGCAUAAAACGCACACUCAAAAAAGCCCUCGUCGAUCACGCCACAGCUGAACGCAAACAAUGGGUCAAAUUUGGGAACGAAAAGGGUAACAAGCCAGGCCCGGAUCGUGCUACUACAACGGUCGGAGAGGCACUGGGAUUAAAGUUGAGCGCUGGACCCAAGAACUCGGAACCUGAACCCGAUCCAGAUGCUGCCGCCCGUGCUGCGCUUGGUGGCAAGAAGAUUUUGUGUCGUGUUUGCCAGGGAGACCACUUUACCACCAAGUGUCCUUACAAGGAGACUCUUGGACUUGGUACUAGCGAUGAUAUGCCUCCACCGGAGGAUGGCCCCGCUGCUCGUCCUGAACAACCCACUGGAGGAAAAUAUGUUCCUCCCUCUAUGCGUGCUGGUGCUGGUGCGGGCCGUGGCGGAGAAACCAUGUUCCGAAACAACAGAGACGACCUUCCCACUCUGCGUGUUACAAACGUUAGCGAGGAUACACAAGAAGACGAUUUGCGCGAUCUAUUCUCCAAGUUCGGGCGCGUUGCGCGUGUUUACGUUGGUCGGGAUCGCGAAACCGGUGCCGGCAAAGGAUACGCGUUUGUCAGUUUCGAGGAAAAGGCGAAUGCGGAGAGGGCGAUGCAAAAAGUCCAUGGCAUGGGCUACGACAAUCUGAUUCUGAGCGUCCAGUGGUCGCAACCGAGAGAACCCAGGGCUGGAUAG